GUUUACACCAACAAAGGGGGCAGGGCCUGGUAUGUAAUGUUAGUCAUAAUCCCAGUAACAAGAUAGUUUUUCAUUUAUUUCUGAAGAGAUUGUCCUCUAGAGGAAGGAACCCCAUGCUUAACAUGGUAACAGAGUGGAAGCUAAUGAAAAACCAGGAGUUAUAGAGUGAACCCACCAAGGUGUGACCACAUAAACUUCAAUCCUCAUUAACCUAAGCUUCAGAUUUACUGCCGCAUCAUCCUGUUAUGGCUUUACCUACCACUGGGGUACUGCCUCUUAAUCUGCCACUUCUUACUCUGGUUUUGGGUAUUGGUGGCACAUUCCAGUAUGGUCUACACAUUUCCAUCAUUAAUUCGCCCUCAAAAUAUGUUCAAAGGUUUAUAAACACCACAUGGGAGGAACGAUAUGGAACGAUCCUACAUCCAGACACCAUUAUGUUACUUUGGUCCAUUAUUGUUUCUAUAUACAGUAUAGGUGGACUCCUGGGCUCCCUAAUAGUGGGAUAUCUGUCAGUCACGUUUGGAAGAAAGAAGACUCAACUAUAUAAUAAUCUGGUUGCUAUAGUGGGAGCUGCGUUGAUGUGCAUGAGCCGCUCUGCCCAAUCAUUUGAGAUAAUUAUUUUGGGGAGGUUCCUCUAUGGAAUUAAUGCAGGUGUGAGUCUGAAUCUUCACAAAAUGUAUAUUGGGGAGUGCGCCCCUCAGAUUAAGCGUGGGAUGGUCACCGUAUCAAUUUCUUUUGCCAUUGCUACUGGGAAAUUGAUGGGGUUCGUUAUAGGACUCAGGGAAUUAUUGGGGACAGAAGAAUUGUGGCCCUACCUUUUGGCAUGUAGUGCGGUUCCAGCACUCUUUCAGUUGGUGACAUUACCCUUUUUUCCAGAGUCUCCCAGAUACCUUCUUAUCGACAAAGGUGACAAAGAUGCCUGUCUAAAAGCUAUGCAGCAGCUGUGGGGUCCAGGAGAACAUAAUUUUGAAAUGGAGAACAUGUUGACAGAGAAGGAAGCAGUAGGAGAGCAGAUCAAAGGCCUGAAGGAUCUCCUGGUGGAUCGCACAGUGCGCUGGCAGAUGAUCACAUUACUGUUAAUUUGUGGAGCUGUCCAACUUAUAGGCAUCAAUGCGGUUUACUUCUAUGCGUAUGACAUUUUCCAAAAUGCAGGUAUUCCAGCCAGUGAGGCCCCAUACGUCUCUCUUGGAAUCGGGAUCAUGGAAAUUCUCACAACAGUGCUGUGUGGCUUUCUCAUUGAUCGUCUGGGCAGAAAAACACUACUAUGGGUGAACUAUGUGAUCUUGGCGUUAACAUUGACCUUGCUCACUGCCACACUCUCUCUUCAGGAUAUAUACUCUUGGCUGCCAUAUGGUUCUUGUAUGUUGAUCUUCAUCUUUACAUUGAGCUACGGCUUGGGACCAGGAGGAGUUACUUGUGUCCUGCCCACAGAACUAUUUGUUCAGUGCUACAGACCAGCUGCAUAUGCCAUAACUGGAGCCCUCAUUUGGCUGGGAUUAUUUGUGAUAGGCUUGGCAUUUCCUUUUGUUGAGGAAGCAUUGGGGACAUUCUGCUUCAUUUUCUUCUUGGUUUACUGCAUCUCUGCGGCUAUAUUUUCCUUCUGGAUACUACCAGAGACGAAGGAUCGGAGUAUGAUGGAAAUCCUGGAAUCCUUUAACAAGCUUAAUUUUGGAGCUGAUAAAGACAAGGUCAACGAGAAUAACGUUAUUUGUACUAGACUUUAAUAUAAAGAAUAACUGCGGUUUCAUUUUUUUCCAUAAAUCAUUAGUACAAAUUAAAAUAAGAAACUUUGUAAUAUCUUAUUUCUUUUCGCCACUUAUCAAACUCCUCUCUUGCUCCACGAUUGCCUCUUUCACACUGAUCACUCACUCUGAAUUCACUGCUAAAAUGCAUCUUCAGUGAAGCUGGGUUACCAGCUUACUGAGGGAUCAGGUUUCAAUUAGAUCCCAUUAAAGUCUAUGGAAAGUGCAAGCAUGAGGAGUGAGCUGCUGGAGGGAGGCACAGACACACAGAGAUGCUGGUUAAGGCUGUAGUAGGUUUUCUGUCCCACCCAGUGCUGAAUUUAUAGCCACACUUCCCAGUUCUGAUAUAUAAUGUCCUCCAUGCUGUUGCUGCUUCUGAUGGUGUGCUAAAGAACAGAAUUUCCUCCUAUUUAUAUGUGUGCUGUGUAUGGGAGACAUCAAAGUACCUAGUCUCCACCUCUCCUGGUGAAAACUGCAUAUUUUGAAAAAAAAUUCCCUACACGACAGUUACUCUUAAAGACUGGAAGACACACUGGGGCACAUUUAUUAAGACAGUGUUUCAAACAACAGUCUUAAAAAAAAA